GACGUAACAGUGUGUUUCUUCCUUUUUCGGAUGAGAAAACAGAAAGAUGCAAUUACAGGACAUCUCAAAUCAAUGUUACAGUCAGCAUGUGAAGCUCUUAAAUAAAGAUCUAUCUUAUGAUAUAGCAACUUGUAUCUCAGUUAGAUGAAGCUACAGGGAUAAAAAGGUAUAGGAUCCUCAUGAAAUAAUGUCACAUGUUAUGCUUCUACCGAAAACCCACUUGGAGACACACACAUUCUCUCUCCCCCUCUAUCAUAUAAGCGAAGGGAGCCUUUAACUCACUGGAUAGUUUUACAUUGCUUUUCCACUCUCAAAUUUGCAAGUAGCCAGCAUGCAACUCACAAGCUCAUUCAAGCUAAAUUUCCUCAAACAAAUGCUCCUGGGGUUUCAGCUAUCAGCUGUUUCAUCCAACAAUAUGAGCUUCCAUGAGAGAAAAAAGGCCAUCAAGCUCUCAGCUGACGCUGCGAUAGCCUUUGCCAGAGGCAGAACGAGAUGGUCACAGGGUCUCAUCACAAACCUUUCCAAGAAUGAGAAGAACAAGGACGUACUAAAAGGUCUCCUAGGAAGGGAGUAUGAUGAGUUAAGCAAACCAUGCUGCAACUCAUGGAAGAUCCCUAGAUCCAAGAAGAUACUCAGGAGGUGCUUAAGGAUGUCCUCGACAAGGAAAAUGGCAGGAAGAGCACAGCAUGAUGUUGGUAAAAGUAUCCUGGCAAAGACAUUGGCUAAGAAGAGGAUCCAAGUGCUUAAAAAGCUUGUACCUGGAGGUGAGUCUAUGGAUGGCUUCUCCUUAUUAGAUGAAACUUUGGACUAUGCUAUGUCUCUAAAAGCUCAGGUUGACGGAAUGCGAUGCGUUUUGAGAACUUCAGAAGCCUUGAAUUUCAAAGCCCACCAAGAUUCCACAAUGCAAGUAAAGCAGCCAUCAUUUGUGGGCGAAUGAAAGCUUGAAUUUCACAGCCAUCUUUGAAGGCUUCGUGAAGCCUCUAGUGCACCAUGCAAGUAUGUUUUCUGUUAAGAAAGAAAAUUAGAAGCUAUGUUGGCCAUCUUUUAUCUUGUAUUCUAGAGUUGCAGCAAAAUCUUAAAUGCCAUCCAAAUUAAUGUUUGAGGUUGUAUAGCAGUUCAGAAGUGUAUUUAGAGAGAGGGGUUAAGGUAAUCUGGAGUACAUUUCUGGGUGUAGGUGUCACUUGCUGAUGUAAUUAUGUUGACAUAUAAUAGCUACCAGAGUAUGAAUCCUAGUGAUAACAAGAAAAAACAUUUCCAGUA